AUAGUCACUUAGUCAAAUGCCGCUCGUCGAGUCGGCUGCUUGUCCUGUCAGUCCGCACCGCAGGCGUUAAGCUGUCAGAAGAACCGUCGCGACGCAUCCAGAGGGCAGCGACGCCGUCUCCUCGUGCUCCUUCAGGAAUGUCGUAGUGGUGUGUCGUCCCGUCCGAGGAAGACUGCGCGUGGCCGUCGACAAGAACCGACCCUUUCCGAGGGUGAGUUCGACGCGCCGCCCUUAUCUAAGCCCCCACCACGGCGCGGCGCUGAAGCAGACAGCAUCGCGGCGCCGACGAGUUCGUACGGCACCUGCACCAAUCACGGCCACAUCAUAACUUCAUAUUCCGACAUGAGUGCUUCUUGUAGUUAGGUGGUAAACUGGUGACGAUUCAGUGAACUGUGAUUGUGAUGUCUCGCAGGAAGCAAGCGAGGCCCAGCCGCCUCCUCGAGGACGACGACGCUCCGGCCUUCCCCGCCGCUGCGGGCCUCGAUGAAGCAUCGCCAUGUAUGGACCGGGAUAUGUCGCUGACAUCGUCACAAGACCUACCUGAAGUACUGAUGUGUCAGCGAUGUCAAGAACAGUUCACCGACGUUGAAGAAUAUCUCACGCACAAGGCCGAAUGUGAGAAGAAGGCAAUCAAGCACGACGAUCCGGCUCACUCUGACCCCGAGGACAUGGUGGUUUCCGAAGAGGACGACGAAGAUGACGACGCAGGCGGCAAACGUUUGGAACGUAUGCGACGUCAUCGACAGGACGCCGCCAAUAACAACAGUGUCGAAGAAAACUCCCCUGAGGACACCAGCCCCAGGCUGUCUUUCCCCAUCCCAAUCCCGUCGGCACCGGGCCAUGUGACGUUGGAAGCCCUUCAGAACACUAAAGUGGCAGUUGCGCAAUUCGCAGCGACGGCAAUGGCCAACAAUACGGACAACGAAGCGGCUCUCCAAGAACUAGCAGUGUUGCAGUCAACACUCUUCACCCUCCAGCACCAACAAGUGUUGCAGUUACAACUCAUCAAUCAGCUGCAACAGCAGUUGCAGAUUGACAGAUCUAAAGCUGCAAGUCCCGUCUCGCCCCCACCUUCCGAAAACGGGGAAAAUGCCCCGGCUGAAGCUUCGCCACCCCCACAAAAUUUGCCCGUUUCAAGGGAACCAACCCCAACUCCCAUAAUACAGCCCCCACAACCCAUCGUACAAGAACCAUCCGAGAACCAAACGACUGAAAUGAAUGUUCCUUGCUCUCUACCUCUGCAGUCGCAGCACUGUUCCAUAUCAUCAUCACUAGCUUCAACUAUAAUCACUCACAAUAACGAACCACCUUCAUUAGACGAACCAAAUACGUUAGAAAUGUUGCAAAAGAGAGCUCAAGAGGUCUUAGAUAACGCCAGUCAGGGGUUAUUGGCCACAAAUCUGGCCGACGAACUGGCCUUUAGGAGAAACAAAGGCUCGUUAUCGCCUUAUGACUCCAAAGGGCGGAACGAACCGUUCUUCAAACACCGGUGUCGGUACUGCGGAAAAGUCUUCGGCUCUGACUCGGCCCUGCAAAUACAUAUCCGUUCCCACACGGGAGAACGCCCCUACAAGUGCAAUGUUUGUGGUAGUCGGUUUACCACGAAAGGUAACCUGAAAGUACAUUUUCAAAGACAUAGUGCAAAGUUUCCUCAUAUCAAAAUGAACCCGAAUCCGGUCCCGGAACACCUAGACAAGUAUCAUCCACCGCUCUUAGCUCAAUUAGGACAACAGCCCUCGCUGUCGCCGGGCGGUCCCCCACCACAUAUGGGUUUUCCCGGAGGUCACCCCUUCCCACCCACCUCAUUGCCCCUGUACCGACCCCACGGCCCCCCGCCCGAUUUGCUAAACAGUCGGCUGCAACCUUCACCGCACAGGCCUCAAGACCCGCCGCAAAGGCUCUUCCCACCGCAUCCCCUUUUCAUGAAGCGAGAGGAACAAGAGGCUCCUGAGAAUCUCACCAAACCGGCAAGAUCGCCAACUCCCGUGCGAGACACUCACUGCAAAUCGGAAAUUUCCGACGAAAAACGCGAAUAUGACGAUGCACAAUCCAACGUUCCUCAGAUAACACCAAAACAAGAACCAAACGACGAAGGCGAACACGAACCUGAGCGAUACUCCUCUCCGGCGCCCUACGACGAAUGCAGCAUCGACAGCAAGUACAGCAACGAGGACACGCUGGGAGCGCGAAGCCCGGGAGGAGACCAUUCGGAGAAUAUGCAAGAUGAGCCUGAGAAUCUCUCGAAUAAGAGCAAUUCCAUAACAGUUCCUUUGAGCAUUUCCACGGGUCAGAGAUUGCCUGCGAACUUUUCGUUCGGACAAGUGAAUUCGCCGCCGAGUAGUACAUCGUCGGGAAGCUUAGGCCAAUUUCCAGCAACGCCAGUGAUCGAUCCAGCCAAAGACCCCGCUAUCUACUCGAAUUUAUUGCCACGGCCAGGGAGCAACGACAAUUCAUGGGAGAGUUUGAUAGAAGUGACAAAAACGUCGGAAACCAGCAAACUCCAACAGCUUGUUGACAAUAUCGAACAUAAACUUUCCGAUCCGAAUCAGUGUGUGAUAUGUCAUCGAGUGUUGUCGUGCAAGAGCGCCUUACAGAUGCAUUAUCGAACUCACACCGGCGAACGGCCGUUCAAAUGUAAGAUUUGUGGACGGGCUUUCACCACCAAGGGCAAUCUCAAGACACACAUGGGGGUGCACAGGGCCAAGCCCCCGAUGCGGGUGCUGCACCAGUGCCCGGUCUGCCACAAAAAGUUCACCAAUGCGCUUGUUCUGCAACAACAUAUCCGCCUUCACACGGGUGAACCCACUGAUCUCACUCCCGAGCAGAUUCAAGCGGCUGAAGUGAAAGACUUUCCGUCGCCGGGAGGAUUCCCUUCGAUUCAUAAUUCCAUUAAUCCAUUCCUAGGGCAAGGGUUUGCCGUUCCGGGGCUGUCGCCCUUAGGUCACACACUCUCGAUGAAUCACAAAUAUGAAAAAAUCGAUAAAGAGGAACACGAAUCGAUGGACGACGAUGAUGACGACGACGAUGACAUGAGCAACUCCGAAAAUCAAAACCCGAGGUUUACUUCCUCGCCAGAUAUGCAAGGAGUGCCGACUAGCAUGGCUUCCCAGUUGUCAAUGAGUGGUUUAAGUUGCUCUGCCGAAGAUUUAUGUUCUACUAGGACUGCGGCUUCGGCUUCGCCGAUGCAAAAUGGGGAGAAAUCGCCUUGCCAAUCUGGAAUCACAAGUCCAGGCAGUUCGGAGAUUCGAGCUUCGCCAAACCGCGUCACAACGACACCCGUCCAGGUUCCACGUCCACCUUCCUCUCAACAUGCCGGCAGUCCGACUCCUUCCGAGUGCAAUUCUUUGGGUGCUUUAGACUUAACCCCUCGAACUAACCAGCCUUUGAUAACGAGUCCGGGUCCCAGUCCCGGCCCGCCACCGGCUUUGUUUUCAACGUUCGGAUUGAUACCACCAGGUCAAGGUUCCACUCCUUUGAUGUCAUCGGCACUUUCAUCUUUGACGUCGUCUGUUUUGACAUCCACAGCGUUCAGUCCAUUGCGUUUAGCCGUUGGACCAACAGGCCGUGGGAACACCACCUGUAACUUGUGUUUCAAGACGUUCGCUUGCAACUCUGCCUUGGAGAUUCAUUACAGGAGUCACACGAAAGAACGUCCUUUUAAAUGCAGUAUCUGCGAUAGAGGCUUCUCGACCAAGGACGGAUGUGUAUGCAGAGAGAGGCGUAUCCAGGAUGAAGCGGAGCCUUGGAAGGCAAGCAAAAGGAAACCGGCUUCUCGCAAGUCAAUACCAUCGGUACUUCCGCUACCGAUGAGCCCUGGAUACGCCUCAAACUGGAUGCAUAUCGCGGGCAACAUGAAGCAACACAUGCUUACACAUAAAAUAAGGGACAUGCCUCAACACAUGUUUGAGAAUAAACCGCCGAUAAGCGGAGAUGAAAACUCGCAACAAUCCCAACAAAACUUACCUCAAAGGGAAGUUCAACCCAGCGAAAACGAACAACCCAAUCCACCCUCACAACCUUCUAUAUCUGAACAAAACAAAGAGCAACCGGUUAAAAGGGAACCCACCGAGACGGAACUACCCUUGCCCAAACGUCCACCCAGCUUACAGGCAAGUAAGCACUUGUGCCACGUAUGCAAUAAGAACUUCUCGUCCAGCUCGGCCUUGCAGAUACACAUGCGUACGCACACGGGCGAUAAGCCGUUCAGAUGCACCGUGUGCCAGAAGGCCUUCACCACCAAGGGGAACCUCAAGGUACAUAUGGGAACGCAUAUGUGGAGCAACGGGGCGUCGCGACGCGGCCGUCGCAUGUCCCUCGACCUCCCUCCCAUUCCCAUGACACCCAAGGAUUCCGAAUUUCUGCAACGGAGGCCCGACCUUUUUUAUCCGUACCUACCGGCCCCAUUCCUUAACGGCAUGCAGCAGAAGCUGAACGAAAUGUCAGUUAUACAGAAUAACCAGAACGGGAUGAGCGCGGCGGGCAAGUACAGCGGGCUUCUCGGCUUCGGCUACCCUCCGCCGGAGGCGCUGCGGUCGCAGGGCGGCUCCCCCGACCGGCCCGAGAGGCCCCCGAGCCGCGACCCGGAGUCCCGGAGCCUGUGGGACCUCCACUUCGAGCGAAAAUCAGCCCCGGAAGCCCCGCGAGAGGAGCUGCUGCCCGCGAGCAGGGAGGGUUUGGCGGCCUGAAAAUUCGGUGUUCCUAUUUCAACUAGUCUAAGAGCGGAUCGGGGCAAUGCAUACUGUGAUACAUCAGCCGUAAAAGCUGCAAGGACAGCGACUAAUACUGCUGUGUUUUCUUAGAGUUAUUUUCAUUAGAGCCUGUAUUAUAGCUAAGUGUAUAUGACUAUAACUCGUAUAUCGUUUGCUGUGUUAUAUUACGUGUCGAGGACACUGGCGAUGCCAGUUACUAGCUUUACAACACCCUGUACAUAAAUAGGACUAAAUGCAUUUGAGAAUCAUUGUACCGUAUGUUAGAUGUUGUCCAUGAGUUUGUUAAACCUGCUUAGCAGGGCACGUGGCAUUCUAUGUAUAUAUCACUCUGUACGAUGAGACUGUUUCAUAUUA